GGGGCUCGCGAGCGGAGCGGGAAGGCAGCGUUCUAAACCGUUGGCUGUAACACGGGAUACAGCUACGGGGACGACAGUUAAGUCAGGCCACUAAAAGGACUAGUUAGGUUUAGGGAAAAGAUCGUGGUUUGGGUUAAAAUCCUCCCGAUCAACAAAAACCCCGCGUUUCCUGGGUGAAAGUAUUACAAAAUAUACUAUUAUUAUAGCCUAGAUUUAGCGUAAUUAUGCGUAACUUCCGGCCGUAGCUGCAUCCCUUCUAGCCACAACCGUCCUGAUCCGCUCGGUGACUGCUCUCAAACCCGCGGCUAUUUCAUCUACGAUCGGUUGAAACCGGCGGCUCCGUGAUCAGUCGAAGUAAACGCUGCUAAGUUGGUGUUUGUGCCACAUAUGUGAUCUGUCCUGGGGAGGGAGAGAGAGAGGGAAGGGGGGCACACCAAGCCAGGAAAGAAUGCCUGAGCUAACACAAGUGGGUGGCUCACAGAGAUCCACAAUCUUCCGAGCUGGACUCCCUCAAAUAGCCGGGAAGAUGAAGGCAGCAGACGAGCCUGCCUACCUGACAGUGGGGACGGAUGUCAGUGCCAAAUACAGAGGAGCCUUCUGCGAGGCCAAGAUCAAGACUGUAAAACGCUUGGUGAAAGUUAAGGUGAAUCUGAAAGGUGAAAGUACGUCCCAGGUGGUGCAGGACGACCAGGUCAAAGGAGCGCUGAGGGUGGGCUCCACUGUGGAGGUGAAGACUAACGAGGGUUUAUCCAGCGAGGCCGUCAUCAGUAAGCUGACCGACGCCAGCCUCUACACCGUGGUGUUUGAUGAUGGAGACGAGAAGACUCUCCGUCGUACGUCUCUGUGUCUGAAGGGAGAGAGACAUUUCGCAGAGAGUGAGACGCUGGACCAGCUGCCGCUGACCAACCCGGAGCAUUUCGGCACUCCGGUCAUCGGCAAGAAGACAAACCGCGGCGGACGGUGCUCGUCCUACGCUGUGGCUGAUGAGAACGAGUCUUCGUCCAGCGAGGAGGACGACGACGACAGGGAGGACAAGAGGAGGCUGAACGAUGAGCUGCUUGGAAAGGUCUGCAGCAUCGAGAGUGAGGAAGACCCCAGCUGCUGGUACCUGGCUCUGGUGGUGUCUCCCAGCUGUUGUGAUGAGCUCCAGGUGAAGAAGGAUCAGUGUCUGGUCAGAUCGUUCAGCGACUCCAAGUUCCACACGGUUGCCAGGAGACACAUCCACAUCUUCAGCACCGUCAGCGGCAACAAGUAUGACUUCUCCACCAGGAGAGGUUUCCAGGCAGCCCAGAAGUUCCUGAGGACGGAGGAAAUCCCAGAUCUGUGGAAGAUGGACAUGAGUCAGAUCCUGGACUCAUCCUCCAGCGGCGAAGAGGACAACGAAGACGAGAAGGAGAGCGGCGAAGAUGAGGAGGAUGAAGGCGAGAAGAAAAAAGAAGAAACACAUAAAGGAGGAGGUGAGAACUUACCGCCUGAGGAGCAGGAUCCAGAGGAGAGAGAUCACUUCCUGCAGCAGCUGUACAAGUUCAUGGAGGACCGAGGGACCCCCAUCAACAAGCCUCCAGUGUUGGGUUACAAAGACCUGAACCUCUUCAAGCUCUUCAGACUUGUGUAUCUCCUAGGAGGCUGCCACAAGAUUGAGUCUGGGACAGUGUGGAAGCAGGUCUACAUGGAUCUGGGGAUCCUCCUGAACUCGGCUGCAUCUUACAAUGUCAAGACAGCCUAUAAAAGUACGUACCUGUACGGUUUCGAGGAGUACUGCCGCUCCGCCUGCAUCACCUUCAGGACCAUCCAUCACAACAACCCGCGCUCUCCCAACGCGCCAGCCAAUCAGAAGCAGGAGAAGCCCUCCGCGCUGCCGGAGAAGGCUGAGCCUGUCGAUGACGAGCGGGAGAAGGCGGAGUCAGAGAGCGAGAGCGAGAAAGAGGUGAAGGAGAGACACUCGUCCCCGAGGGGGCGGAGGAGGUGUGUGGCGAAGGCGGAGCGAGAGUCUCCCUGCAGACCGGAGAAGGGAGGAGGAGGAGGAGGAGGAGGAGAGGAGCAAACAGAAGAGCAAACAGAGGAACAGAGGGAGGAGCAGAGGGAGGGGAGGAGACGCAGCAACAGAAGAAUGGGCGACUCUGAGAAAGGCUCCGAGGAAGAGGAGGAGGAAGACGAGGAGGAUGAGGAGGAGGAGGAAGAUGAAGAGGAGGAGGAAGAGAGGGAGAGGAGGAGAGGAGGAGGAGACGGCGAGGAAGAGGAGGACGGGGACUCUGUGAUGGGGACGAAGGUCCGGGUGAAGUACGGUAAAGGAAAGACUCAGAAGAUCUACGAGGCUCACAUCAAGAAGACAGACGUGGACAACGGAGAGCAGUUCUACCUGGUCCACUACUACGGCUGGAACGUCAGGUACGAUGAGUGGGUGAAGGCCGACCGGAUCAUCUGGCCCCCGGAGAAAGGAACCAAGACGAGACGCAGGAAGAAGGUGAAGAACAAAGACGAGCCGGAGAGAGAGCGAGACCGAGACGAAGAGAAGCCUCCGUCGAAGCCUCCGGGAGCGAAGCGAGGCCGUCCUCAGAUCAGGACCCCGCCCACGGGCUCGGGGGGGCGCAGCGUCUCUAAAACGCCGAGCUCCGAGGGACGCUCCAACGGGCGCAGCAGCCGGACGGAGACCCCGUCCAGCAUGGCCAACGGAGACAACACGCCUCGCAGGAGAACCACGAGAACGUCGGGAAUGUACGACUCAGACAGAGCAUCCAACGAGGAUUCUGGGAACUCGUCGGAGGACAGCGACUCAGGAGACACGCCUGAGAAAAAGCCGUCGCCAUGGCAAGGGAGGAGUGAAGCCCCGCCCUGCCAGGAGGAGGAGGUGAAGGAGGAAGAGGAGGAGGACAAAGAAGUGAAGGAGGAAGAAAAGGAGGAAGAAGAAGAGGAGGAAAAGGAGGAAGAGGAGGAGGUAAAGGAGGAAGCGGAGGAGCCGAGUGAGGUCGCUGAUGUCCCAACAGCUGGUAACGACGACACCGUCUCUGAGUUGCCCGUCGCCGCGACACCACCGUGUCCCAGCAUGCCUCUGGAGCAACCUGACAAACCCCUGAGCCAAUCAGAGGAGGAGGAGGCGGAGCAGGGGGCGGAGCAGGGGGUGGAGCCUGCGGUGGAAGCCGCCCUGCUGCUCGUUCACCUCGACAAGGAGACUAAAACCCCUACUAAAACGUCCACGGCGCCGGAGAGCGCCGCGAAGACGCCGAGCGUCCCCGAGGCGACCGACGAGAUGUCUCCGGGACGGGAAGCGAUCGCCGCCGUUGCCGCGGCGACCCCCUGCCGGACGCCGCUGCCUCCGCCGCCGCCCCCCCACGCCAAAAAGACGUCCCCCGAGAAGCGUCUGUCCUCGCCGCCGCGCCCCGCUGCAGAGGACAAGGACAGUCUGUCCACGCCACUGUCCUCCCCCAGGGUCAAAGGUCGCAGCAGCCCUAGUCGCCGGGCCGUCCUGCGGGGGGCGGGCUCUGAGACUCCUCCCAGAAUCCCCCUGUGCAGCCCCGCCGGCGUGGCGUCUCCUCCGCGCGGCGUCCUGAAGAGACAGGACGAGCCCAUGGUCGUCCUCCACUGCCUCCCCACGCAGCGCCUGCCCCCCGACCCCCCGGCGCCCCCCGCCAGCUCGGACACAGACUCCGCCUCCGAGGAGGAGGAGGAGGAGGAGGAGGAGCAGAGGAGCGGAGCCGCGCUGAAACGUAAAGCAGCCGAGCAGCGAACGCCAGACAAGAAGCUCCGUCCAGACAGGAAGCCGUCUCCUGUCAGAGAGAGGAGGAGGAGCGAAGGAGAGGCGAAGGCCGAGGAGACGCCCAGGGAGGCGUCGGAGGAGCGGCUGACCGGAGCGGCCCCCAAGGAGACAGAGAUGCAUGCUGGGUCUGAUGCUGGGACGCCCACCCCUGCCCUGGUGGACCGUGUGUCGGCCCCUGCGGCGGCGGCGGUGGCCCUGGCCGAGCUGGCAGCGCCCCCGCCAACGGCAGCAGCAGCGGUGGCCCCCCCAGCGCUCCCGGGCCCCUCCCCCGGCGAGGACCUGGAGCCCGAGCUGGGCCCCGAGGCGCUGGUCUGCCACGAGGUGGACCUGGACGAGCCGGAUGAGAAGGAGAAGUCGUGCACGGCCCCGGAGCAGCUGCUGCUGAUGAUGAGGGAGUCUCAGCCGGCCCCUCCCCCGCUGCUGCCCCCCCCCUCCUCCACGUCUCCCCGCUGCCCCCCCCCUUCCUGCCGGUCCCCAGCGGCGAGGGGGAGGACCGGGGACCGGCCGGGACCAGGGCCGAGCAGGAAGGAGACUCCAGUCCUGGCUUUGAUGGCAGCGCCUCGUCAUCGUCCACGUCACUGCUGUCACUGCAGGAUGCCAAGGACAGAGGUGGACCCACUGAUUGGCCAGAAGAGAGUGACGGAGUGUAACCUGAGUCCAGCCGCCAAGAACAGAAACGCAGCCAGAAACGCCUCAGCACGCUGGGAAGGUCACAGCAGUGACAGCGAGGACCAGUCUCGUCUGUCUCUGUCUCAGAAGUCCCAGAAGUCUCGCUGUCUCUCGUCUCCGUCGUCUCACAGUAAAGACAAACACACCUUCUCCCCUCAGAGGGCCUACAAGUGGACCUUCCAGCUCGAUGAGCUGGACAGCAUGUCAAGCUCUGAGCGGAUCUCCUUCCUGCAGGACAAGCUGCAGGAGAUCAGGAAGUACUACAUGACGCUGAAGUCAGAGGUGGCGUCCAUCGACAGACGGAGGAAGAGACUAAAGAAGAAGGAGAGAGAAGUCGAACACGACAGCCUCCUCGGGUCCUCGGGGUCCUCGGACACGGCCAUGAGUCCGUCCUCGGCUUCGCCCGCCCAGAACACCGUGGCUGUGGAGUGCAGGUGAUGACACGCCCACGACAGACCACGCCCCCUCCGCCCACAGACUCCGCCCACUCCGACAGCUCUGAGGGCAUGAUGGGAAAAAACUAAUACCCCC